AAAGUUUAUACAGCACAAUGCAACUGUGUGCAAAGGCUCAGCGCCAUAUAAAACAACCCCGCCCGGUGCAUGCUGGGACUGACACUUCUGCACCCUGACUGCUCUUCUUCACACCAGAGCGCUGCAGGAUGGGGUUAACAGUGGGGGAGAUGCUCCAGAAGGGUCUGUUUCGGGCAGUCUCGGGGUUCUUCUUCCUGCUGUUUCGGCUGUUUUCGCGACCGGUGCCGCCCAAAGCCGCCAAACUCCCACCCGUCAAAAACCCCCUGCUAACCGUCCCCGCGGUGCGGCUGGCCGAGAAGAUCCGCAGGAGAGAGGUAACCAGCGUAGACGUGGUGCAGGCUUUUAUUGACAGGAUCCAGGAAGUGAAUCCACUACUCAAUGCUAUGGUUAAGGACAGGUUCUCUGCAGCUCUGUCAGAAGCAGCUCAUGUGGACCGGCUGAUUGAGGAGGAGGGGAGGUGUGAAGAGGCGCUUGCAGACAGACUACCUCUGCUGGGAGUGCCCAUGUCUGUCAAAGAGUCCUUUUUCUUACAGGGUAUGCCCUGCUCUACAGGGCUGAUCUCUCGAGCUCGAUUCCUGGCCAGUGGAGACGCCCCCUCUUUAGCUCUGUUGAAACGGGCUGGAGCCAUUCCUUUAGGAGUGACCAAUACUCCCGAGCUCUGCAUGUGGAUGGAGUCCAGCAACAAUGUGUACGGCAUCACUAACAACCCUUAUGACUUACAGAGGAUGUGUGGAGGAAGCUCAGGUGGAGAGGGCAGUAUUCUGGGCAGUGGAGGGGCAGUAAUAGGGAUCGGCUCAGAUAUCGGGGGCAGCAUCCGGAUGCCCAGCUUCUUCAACGGUGUAUUCGGACACAAGGGAACAACAGGAAUAGUGUCUAACCAUGGUCAGCAUCCCGCUAUCUCUGGACGUCAUGAUGAAUAUGUGAGUACAGGCCCAAUGUGUCGCUAUGCUGAAGACCUGCUGCCUAUGCUGAGGAUAAUGGCUGGAGCCGAUGCAGACAAGCUGUGCCUGUCCACAGAGGUGGACCUGAAGAAGCUGCGUUUUUUUACGGUAGUAGACGACAGUGGGUCCCCGCUGACCUCACCUGUAGAUAAACAGCUUGUUGAAGCACAGAGAAAGGUGGCUCAGCAGCUGGAGGCUGAUUUCGGAGUAAAAGUGAAGGAGAUCAGCUUCCCCCAGCUGAAAUAUGCCUUCCAGAUCUGGGACACAUACUUGGGUCUGCCUGAUGAUGAAGGCAAGCCACCGCAGCCGUUCACAGACAUGAUGGCAGAGGGUGGUCCGGCUGUGUGGCCAGUUUGGGAGCUUAUCAAGUGGCUGUUUGGGAAAUCUGAGCACACGAUCGCUGCUAUUGGUUUAGCAAUAGUGGAGUGCACUAAAAGCGCCACACCGUCGCAGUUCCUCAUCCAGCAGAAGGAGGAGCUGCAGCGGAACAUAGAGGAGGUGCUGGGGUCUGAUGGAGUGCUGCUGUACCCCUCUCAUCCCUUCCUGGCCCAAAAACACCACCAUCCAUUAUUCACACCAUACAACAUCGCUUACACAGGGAUCUUCAAUGUCCUGGGCCUGCCUGUUACCCAGUGUCCUCUGGGGCUAAGCAAGGAGGGGUUGCCGCUGGGUGUUCAGGUGGUAGCAGGAAAGCUGCAGGACCGUCUGACCUUAGCCAUGGCUCUGUACCUGCAGAAAGCCUUUGGCGGCUGGAGAGACCCUGGAGCUACCUGAGAUACUGGAGCAGAGGGAGGCCAAUGCUUUAGUUUCCCCCCGUUCUAAAGGAAAGUGAACAGUCCUCAAACUUCUACUGCUGUUUAUUCACUUUACUCAAGGCAAUUUGUGAACUGUUGCACUCUGAAGCCAUAUGAAGCAUGGCAAAGUACUGUUCUGCUUCAGUGCAAAAGCUUUAUAUUAUAUAAUAUACCGUGAACAGUUGGUUAUUGUUUUGUAAUGAUAAAUAAAAAACAUUUUUAAAUGAAAAUGACUGACAAAGUUCCUCUAAAACAAAUUAAUAAUAAAAUACACUAAAGCCAA